AUGGCGGCCCCGCCGGCCCAGGAGCCGAUGCUGAGCCAGCCGCCGCCGCCGCCGCUGCUUCCUCGGGAGUCGGACGAAAACGGCUGCGGAAACAGCGCCCCCGAGGACCCGGUGGAAGAAACAGCUGACUCGCCCUACCUGCGCGCGCGCCGCAAGCUGGAGAACCUCCUGAACAAGAGUUUGCGGAUUCGUAUGACCGACGGGCGGACCCUCGUGGGCUGUUUCUUGUGCACUGACCGGGACUGCAAUGUCAUCCUGGGUUCUGCUCAAGAAUACCUGAAGCCCACAGAAGUCAAGCCCUCUCCAAUAGACUUUUGCUUUGAGCUACGUGCCGUUGGGGGUCCGGAGUAG